AUGCUCCCCGAUAGCAUGUACGAAUUUUCAAUUGCCUGGUUCCAUAAUAGCUACCGGCUCGCAUCCGGGUCAUACGGAAGAGUUCGGAUCUGGGACCCGGUCACUGGGGAGCGCAUAUCAACUCUCGAGGGCCAUGACGACGGACUAAUCAAUUGCUUGCUCUGGUCGCAGAGUGGAAGACUAGCGUCGGCGUCAGAAGAAGAUCAGACAGUCAAGAUUUGGAACCCGGAGACCAGGCAAUGUACAGCAGUUCUGGGUGUGUAUGAUGGUGGAGUCAUAUCUAUGUCCUGGUCUCUGGAUGAACGUUGGCUCGCAUUAAUGAUUAAUGACAGCAGACGUAGAGAUUAUGUUGUCCAGGUCUGGGACUCAGCCACUGGACAAUGCAUCUCAUCGAUUGAUGUUGAAUUGCCUGCCGCGCAAGAUUCCGAUCAACAGUCUAUCGAUACUGUUGGUGAAGAAGUGCCCGAUUUUCUCGAAUUUGAUAAAAAGACUCACAAUCGCUUGCAUACCAUUGCUGGCAUAUUCGAUUUGAUCAAUGAUAAUCUCGACUUGACCUCCUCUCCCAGGCUAUCCUCUGCUGUGGAACAACAAAUAGGAUAUGGCCUGAGUGAUGACAUGGCCUGGAUAACAUAUCGAGGAGAAAAUCUCAUAUGGCUGCCUUCAGAGUAUCGCCCGGCCUUUCCAUCUGUAUUCGUUAUAUGCGAGACACAGGCAGGAGUUUGUGUGGGGAUUCUCUGUUCGUCGGGUCGUGUUAUAGCGUUGACGCUCUCUCAAGACAUUGCAAUCCAAAGUUGCGAUUCAAGUCGCGUGAUUGGAUGA